AGCAAAGCUUUGCAGGCCCUGAUGCAGAAAACGUCUCCUGCAACUUCCAGGAAAGGAGCCGUGCAGAGCCCUGGGAAGGAAGAGUGCAGCAGGACCAGCCUGGGAGCAACACCUGCUCAGACGUGGAGCUUCAGCCCUUCAGGGACUUCUGCUACCAGGAGGCCAUGGGGCCCCGAGGGGUUUGCAGCCGUCUCCACCACCUUUGCUGCCAGUGGCUGAAGCCAGAAAAGCACACGAAAGCUCAGAUGCUGGACCUGGUGGUCCUGGAGAAGUUCCUGGCUGUCCUGCCCCAGGAGAUGGUGAGCUGGGUCAGAGAAUGUGGAGUGGAGACCAGUUCCCAGGCGGUGGCCCUGGCAGAAGGCUUCCUCCUGAGUCAGGCAGAGGACCAAGAGCAGGUCCAGGGGAUGUUGGCCAGAGCACCCACAGAUUCCCCUGAGGCAGAGAAGGCUCCACCGGGCAUCACACAGGGGCCGCUGGACAGGUGGAUCUUGCAGGAGGGGGACGGAGGACCCUCCUCACUGGGUAAGGAUUAG